AUGAUCGUUCCAUCCACUAUCAAAUCUCUAUUCGAUUCAGUACCAUUACAUACCUACAAAGAGGAAAGUUUACUGGCAGAAGUCCACCAUUACCCAUUCCUGCCUGACUUUACUGUUGCAGUGUUCAAUGUCUUUCAGUGCAACGGGCAUAUGAUCCCCACAGACCCCAUUUCCCUCGCAACAGUUUUGGUGCUUGCCCACAAGAAUGGACUCAAGUUGCCAACUGAAAGUGAUCGGGGUAGAGGGGGCAUUAUCACCACCUCCUUUUGGGCCUCCCCCACCAAUGUCCUUCCAAUGCUCAUCGAAGAUCAAAAAAUCAUAACCUUGGACGAGAUAAACAACACCAUUUCCGCCAAGCUCGACGAACCAACCAAACUCAUCUACGAAAUGCUUUCCACCAAGCUAUAUGAUAUCUGGAUUAUGUGCAUAUUGUGUGAAGACAUACCCAUCUCCAAUAUCUUUGGCAUUGACUCCUUAUCCAAACUUGACUUGAUGUCUGUGGUACCUACAUGGAACAACUUUGCAGUCCGUCACCCUAACCUAAGUGGAAAGUCCUUAACCAAUUUCUACAAAGCUCUGCUCACCGAAUUGGAAUCGGAUUUAGACUUGCUAGCAUCGUGCAACCACCCUAUCAUCCAGCACAGUCUCGCCGGAUAUGUCAUUAUCAUUGACCAACUCCUCAAAUCUACAAAAUUGGGUCAGAUUGUCUCCCAACACCAGUCACUCCUUGCUUCCUGUUAUUCGUUACUUAAUCUCCACACUAGUAUAUAG